AUGACGGCACAGUCGCUGGGGUUCCAUGGAAUUCACUUCGACAACACGGAUGACGUUGUUGUGAAGCUUCGAAAUCUCCUCGCUGACCCAGUCGCACGGGGAAUGGACUUUUUGCGGCAGAGAUCGCAACAGUUAUUUUGCGAGACCGAUCAGGGUGUCAUUAUAAGGGAUAACUUUUCUCAGCUGUUGAUCCUAGAGUUCACGGGAGAAAGAAACCUGGUCUUUCUAGAAAAUGGAGGAAAUACUUGGCAGUACUUUAUCGGAGAACGCGCCUUUACAGACAGCAAUUUUCCGCAAGACGUUGAUACAACCUCGCUCGCCCUGGUGACUUUGAGCAUUCCAAGUGAGCAGAAGGAACAGGCAAUGCAGAAGAUAUUGGGGAAUUUAAGUGCGGAUGGGCUGCCACUGGCUUACUUUGAUUCUUUGCGACCUCGAUUCUGCCCGUAUGUGGCUGCCAAUGUCCUCCGCUUGUUUUACCUCAACGGGCAGGGCCGCAAACUCCAGGCCACUUUGCAGUAUUUAUGCCGCAUCCUAUGCACGCAAGCGUACGAGGUCGGCUCAAGAUAUUACCGUCACCCUGACUGGAUCAUCUACUACUUGGCAGAUCUCUGCUGCAAAUGCACUGACCCGGACUUGGAAGAACUUCGCGAGGUUGUUACAAAGCAGCUGAAGCGCCGUAUGGGUACUGAUAAAGAGGUCUUGGCGGCCGCAUUGAGGCUUCUGGCAGCCCAAUCUCUGGAUCUCGACAGCCCCGAAGAUCUUCAAACGCUACUCACUACACAGCAAUUAGAUGGAGGAUGGGAGCUCGGCUGGAUGUUGACCUAUGGCAAUGUGGCAGUUAAGAUUGGCAACCGCGGGGUGACUACUAGCAUGGCCGUCAAAGCUAUCAGGGUAGCCUACGAGCGACCUUGUAUAACGUAA